AUGAAUUGCGGCGAAGAUGAUUCGCCGCCCUACAUCACCUCAUAUCGAAAUGGUCCAUACAGCUCGUCAAUAGCUUCCUCAGCCUCGUCCUCCACAGCAUCCGUCUGGUCCGAUGUCGCCUCCCAAUCCUCGGACGACUCCUCAGUUAAUGGCUCCUCAGACAACGAAACUUCAGAAACAUAUUGCUGCACCUCUCAGCCUGCACCUUCCUUUACAUGCGAACAGGGCAUAUCGGUCGCCACAUACUGGCCAAGACACAAGGUACAGGUUGAAGUUGCACCGGCACAACGGCAACACCCCAGAAGAACAAGUGUUGGAUCAACAACUCGGACCGGAUGUCCACCUACGUUAGUUCGACAAUGCGAUCGCAAGGUCAACUUCGUCGACAGCCUCGUCGAUUCUUCUACCCAGAUUGUUGAAGCAAUUUGGCCCCUUUCGUCAGUCCCUUGCCGAAGCGAGAUGGGCGCGAAGGGGGUUCUUCCUUUACGCACAUUCAUUCAAGAGACUCUUCGACGAUCUCGCACUAGUUAUUCGACUCUCCAAGUCGCUUUGUAUUAUUUGAUCUUGAUCAAGCCCCAUGUGCCCAAGCACGAUUUUACGAUGGAACAGCCGGAUGAUGCACACUCUAUUCGAGCCCUUCAAUGCGGACGUCGCAUGUUCCUAUCGGCUCUUAUUCUCGCUUCAAAGUAUCUUCAAGACCGCAACUACUCCGCGAGAGCGUGGAGUAAGAUUUCAGGAUUGAACACUUUGGAGAUUAACCAAAACGAAAUGGCCUUCCUUCUGGCAGUGAACUGGGAGCUGCAUAUCACUGAUGCAGUCUUCCAACGCUGGACAGACAUCGUACUCAAAUACACACCAACAUUACCACCGUCCCCAGGCUCAAGUAGCCCUUCGCUUGAAGAGCAAACGGCCGACUGGAAAUCUAUUAUACUUAGGCUCAACCCUCAGUUGGAUAACAUUGAAGGGAUCUCGCCAUCGACAUCUGCAAUCGCAAAUGUCAAAUCUAUUAGCGCGGCCUGCCCACGAGCCUUCGUGCAAUUGGCUGCCGACCACAACACCUUUGGAUAUGUCUCCGCCGAAUCAACGCCGACUCCUCGAUACUACACCCCCAGUAUCAUGGAGCCGUCACCAACCUAUCCUCCCAGCAAACCUGCGCCAGCUCUUGGUCUGCUACCUACCCCAAGACUAACUCCACAGAGUACUGGAUUCAACACUCCUGCAGUGAGUGCUGCGUCUUAUAUGCUCAGCAAACCUUCCAUGGGCUUCGCUAUGGCCCAUGCCUCGAGCGUCUGUGCCGCCCAAGCCAACGAAAAAUGGCAGAACGCUUCUUCACCACAAUUCUACGUUACUCAUCGCCGAUCAUCCUUGGCCAACUCGGUCUCAUCAAUGUCGUCGCCAGAGUCUAUGAUCUCAGACAACUCAUCCCGGUCAUCUCGUUCAUCUUCAAUCUCAUCUGCCUCGUCGACCACAGGCGCGCCGAUCUCAUCCAAAUUGGACGUUCAGGCGCGUUGUCGGUACGCGAAGCAAUGCAGUGAGAGGCAGAACAGGACCAUCAUUGCUACAGUUCCCGAAGGAUACUGUGACAAUGGGCCAACGUUGUCACCAGAGUCAUACACUGGACCCGUCGGCAAGGAUUUCUUGGUCUUGUCUCUGGAUACCCCUUUGGCUCGACGUGAAUUAGAUUACUUCUCCAAGGAUGAAGAAGCUGCCCGUGCUCUUCAAGAACUCCACAACCAACCCCGGUCUGCGGAGUCUCCCCUCAGAGCCGGUGCCAAACGUGCCAGACCUCAAUCAAUCGACAACUCGCUGCAAGAGAAUGUUCGAGAGAUGUUGAGUGGUCGCUAUCCAUUGUCUGAGAGCAAUUGGUCCGAUGACCUCGUCCGGUCUCGCCCAAAUGCUCAAGUUGCAAUCCGUUCUACGUCGAAUGCAUCACUUGGACGAAAGAGAGUAUGCUGCUCAUCAGAGGCUGCUCGGGACCUCCUUCCAGCUAUUCGUGGCCCAGGCAUGUGGGAAGGAAUCCUUUAG